AUGUACAGAGUUCAACGUUUACUGCUUUCCGUUCUGUUACUUUUGGGUGUUGUCACCGCUGAUGAGUCAAGUAAAGACGAUUCGAAAUACAGACCAAAUCAAAACUGCCCUCAACAAGACAAGACCUUAGAAGUGGUGUUUCGCAAUGACAAGGACGUGUACCGAUACUAUCGAUGUGUUGAAGGAGUGGCUUACGACUUCCAGUGUCCAUUUGGAAUGCCUUUUGAUCCGUACCAAGGGCGCUGUCGACUUGCGACUCAGUCGGAAGUUGAUUCGUGGCGAGUGAGGGAUUUCGUACCCUACGACAAGUGCAAGGACGGUGUUAAAUUUGUUGAACUUGGACCCUUUGUAUCGCAAUAUAUGCAAUGUGUUUACAGAGGAGUGGCUGAGUUGAAGACUUGUCCAGUGGCUCAUAGCAAAACAAGAUCAAUCCAGCUUUUAUGGACGAACGGUCAUUGUGAAGGAUUUUUGAAGAAGAAGGGGCCACGUGAUCAAGUUGUCGCCAAUAAAGAUUCUCAAUGUAAAUAUAGCAGAUUGUAUCAAAAAAUCCCAUGCCUUCAGGGAUCUUGUCGGUGUGUAACCUGCAGUAAAUCACCUGUAACAUGUCCUCCCGUCAAUGCGACUAUACCAAGCUCGAGAACUCAGACCCCAAUCAGUUCAACGCCAUCAACAACAUCGACGACUUCUCAAACGAGAACUACUCCACCGCUUGGUUCCGGAGGUGAUUCAGAGGAUGCAAUUGUUGGUGCGGCAAAUCCUUACUACGAUGAUGAAGUUGAAAUGGGAUGGGGCACAAAACCACCAAAAACUACGACCACAACUACCCGGAAGCCAACAACCACCACUACUACCACACCAAAGCCAACGACUACUACUACAACCACUCCAAAACCAACUACUACCACUACAACUACACCAAAGCCAACAACCACUACUACUACCACGCCGAAGCCAACCACAACAACGACAACCACUCCAAAACCAACUACCACAACUACGACUACACCAAAACCAACAACAACCACCACUACCACACCAAAGCCAACAACCACCACUACUACUACGCCAAAGCCAACCACAACUACAACAACCACACCGAAACCAACUACCACCACAACCACUACCCCAAAACCAACCACAACUACAACGACCACACCAAAACCAACAACCACUACUACUACCACUCCAAAGCCAACCACAACAACGACAACCACUCCAAAACCAACAACCACAACUACGACUACACCAAAACCAACAACAACCACCACUACCACACCAAAGCCAACAACCACCACUACUACCACACCAAAGCCAACAACUACUACUACAACCACUCCAAAACCAACUACUACCACUACAACUACACCAAAGCCAACAACCACUACUACUACCACUCCGAAGCCAACCACAACAACGACAACCACUCCAAAACCAACAACCACAACUACGACUACACCGAAACCGACAACAACCACAACUACCACACCAAAGCCAACAACCACUACCACCACCACUCCAAAACCAACAACAACCACAACUACUACACCAAAACCAACAACCACUACUACGACCACACCAAAACCAACAACCACCACAACAACUACACCAAAACCAACCACAACAACGACUACAACACCAAAACCAACCACCACCACUACUACCACUCCGAAGCCUACCACUACUACAACUUCUCAUACUUGCUCUACCAGUACGACGUUUAAAUGUGGCAGGACGACUUGCGUGUGUAUGAAAGUGGAUACCACUACACCCUGCCCCAGGGAACCUGAAACGACCUGCAGCUGCAGGAAGGUUCACCAGCCACAUCCGUAA